ACUGCGAGUGCGUACACAAAAUUCAUAAUUACUUUUUUGUUUUGUUAAUGAUUUAGUGGUAAUUUAGAAAGUUUACAGUUAUUUUUCACCGAGUGCACUACUUUAGAAACUUUCUAUAAUACGAAUUGUAAUGUGAAGUGUCAUAUAAAUCGUCGGUAGUCUGUUCAGGAUGGAGGGAGACACAGAGUCCCUUCGUAAGGCAGCUCCGCACUGGAGCCUAGAUGGAGACAAUCAAUUACUGGGAAUGUUGCAGAAGAUACAUCAGAAAAUAAUGACAAAAUGUGAGGAAGCAAAUAUGAAGUUGGAUGCCAUGGUAGAUGCACUGGAUAAUGCAAGCAUAGAUCUGCAAAAUGUAAAUAAUAAAUUCAUGGCUUUGAGCAACAAUCAAUUUGUGGAGAGCAGAGUUUAUGAUGAUGAUGUUGAUGUUUCGACUGAAGUUAAUAUAUCCAAGUCUGAACCUCCAGUAGUGGAAGCAGAGAGUGAAAUAACAAAACUAAAACGUAGUUUGGCGAGGUUAGAGCAAAUGCAUGAGCCUAUCCACAUAUUGGACAGUGACAGUUCAGAUGAUGAGGAUGAUGGUCGAAUAAUAAUGAAACCGAAAAAGGUGUAUGCACAUCGUCCUCUACCUUACAUCAUUGGCACACAAGAGUGGAAAAAUAAGUGGCAUGCAGGUCUCGUUCAAGAGGAGAGUGACAGUGACAGUUCAUUAUCGAAACACGAUAACAUACCUGCCGAAGAAUAUUCCGAAUCUGAACCGGAAACUGUACAGACGGAUAAACUUGAACGUCGAACGAUAUCAUCGUCGUCAAUGGAAUCUGAGAUGACAUCACAACCGCCAGCGAGCAGUCAAAUUGUAAAGCAACCAGCGAAGCCCGCAGACAUUGCAGCCGAAUUAGCGCGGCGGCUUGGUGGACCUGUACAAUUGCCCGCUAGUGAACCUGUCGAUAUACAUGCACCUCCCGAACAGACUUCGGAAAAAGUUUAUAGAGUCGAAAAGCCUGCACCUACUACAAUUUUUUCCGACGAACCACCUCCUCUAGACGACUACCAGUCCUACAAAUCAGACUAUACGGAUGACGACGAUAUAUUCGCAGAGUUGCAUAGGAAGCCUAAUCCCGAUAUUAAUAAGGAUCAGAAUCGCGUGGCUAAUGAUUUGUUCGGAGGGCUCAGUGAUAACAUCGUCGAUGAUUUAUUUGGUGAAGAAACUCGUGAUAAUGAUAUAGGAAACGUUGUGGAUUAUCAGGAUGUUAAACCAAGUGCCAGUGGAAGUCCAAAAACACCUGUAUUCGAAGAAGGAGUGCAAUCAAAAACAGUUGCUGAAAAUCCAAAACCUAAACCCAGACAAAUAGAAACCAAAGCAGAGACUGAGGGUGCUGUUAAAAAACCAGUCGGUGGAAUAUCUCUGUUUGGAACGAUUAAAGGUGCUGAGAACAUUGGUGCCGCAAUUUUGAAGAGGAAUCAAGGAAAAUCUUCCUCUUCCGAAGGAGAUACUCGCAAUGUUAUGGAAAAUAAGCUAAAAGUUCCUAAUGCUUCGAUAUCUAAAGAGGAACCAGUGAAUAAAAUUAUCGAAGACCUAUUUAGCAAACCUACAAAGAAAAAAACGAUAAAAGAAGAAAUAAUAAGCAAAAAAGAGCCUGAAAAAAUUACUUCUAAAGAUAAAGUAGAUCUGUUCAGUGAUAACCUUUUUGAUGAUAUAGAUGAUAUUUUUACAACAAAUAUUGUUAAAAAACCUAAAGACAAUAAACCCCAAAAAUCCAUAUUUGAUGAUGAUGACCUAUUUGCUGAUAUAACCUUAAAGAAGCCUGAUAAGCAUAAUGAUAAAAGUGAAAGAAAGAGUAUUUUUGAUAAUAAUGAUGAUUUAUUUGGCGAAAAUAAUAACUCUUUAAAGACUGAAGUUAUAAUUUCUAGUAAUCCUAUAAAUGUAGAUAAACAUGAUAUGAUAGCUGAAGAGAGUGUUAAAGUAAAUAUAGAAAGUGAUAAAAAGGCAAAAGGAACAGAAAGUAAAGGUUUAUUUGAUGAUGACAGUGAUGAUGAUCUUUUUUCGGGCGUCAAAAUGGCUGGUGAACUUCAUAAUCCCCAAAAAUCUACUAUUGAAAAUAUUAAACACGUAAAUUUUACUAGAAAAAAUUAUAGUAAUGAAACUCUCAGUACAGAAACAAUAAACAAUGAAGAAAAUAAAGAAGUUAGCACAAGUCAUUUAAACCCAGUAAGAUCAAACUCUCAUGUAGAGAGCCCGUCUCUUUUCGAUGACAAUGAAUUCGAUGAUUUAUUUAGUGCGCAAACAAAACCUAGUAAGUUGAGUGAAAAAACAUUAGAUAAAAAUAAUCAUGUUAUUGAAAAUAAGGAAAAAAGUAAAACUAUAGAUAACGACGAAACAGCGAGACCAAGAAAGUUAGAAAAUGAAGUUUUAGAAUCACUUCAUACCAUUGAAAAAGAUAAUGUAGUGGCAGCUAAAGUACGCAAUAGUAGUAUUACAAAUGAAAUAGGAAAAUCUGAAACGUCACAACCUGAAGAAGAUGUGAUAAAUGACACAUUAGACAAAACUCAUACUAGAACUUCAUAUUUUACAGAUCUCGAUGAUAUUUCAAAGGAAAACGCCCAUUCAAAACAUUUAGAAACUUUACAUAAAGAUGGAACUAAUAUUCCACCAUCAGAUAUAUCACCAGAAGUGCUAACAUCGGAACCUGUUGGGCCAGACAUAUUGAGUGACAUAUUUAUAGAUACUCCUCCUGCCUUUGAAAAACCCCUAGAACCAAAGAAAAGUAAAAACGUUAAUGCUUUGUUCGAUGAUGAUUCUGAUGAUGAAGCGUUGUUUUUUAAGAAGAAUGAAGCAAUAAGCGAUGAAAAACCAGAGCUGAAUUGUAGUAGUGACAGGUUUAGAAUUUUUCAUGAUGAGCCGCCUGAAAUUGAUGCCACUUUUUCUCAGACACCUUCAAAAAUCACCCCAAGUUUGGUUAGUGAAUUACCCGGUAGUGAAUUAUUUGGAAGUUCACAUAAAUCUCAGGAACCAGAAAAAAUCGAUGUGAGCAAUAGCGUUAAAGAUUUUAAUGAAUAUCAUAUCGAUCUAAGUAAAGAAAAUAAAGCACCGAAUGUUGUCGAUAAUACAAAAAUAAUUGAAAAUUCUGUGGACAGUGACAAAAACCAAGAAAUCAAUGUUCCCAGACUUCUAGAAAGUUUCCAAGCAAAUACUAAAAAAGAUUUAACAGAAGUAGCAAAAGAACAGACUGAAAGAUCUGAAGAAAUGUUAGGAAACAGAGAUUUUAAUGAAGAACCUGAACCGAAAAAACCAAUAGGAAAAUUAAAACAUAUGAAUUUUAAUAUAAACGUGAAUACUUUGCUUCCCGGGGCGUCUUUAAAAAAAUCAAUAACAAACGAAGAAACCGAUGGGGUCCGAAUAUCAACAAAAAGUAAUGAAGAAUUACAUAUACAUAGUCCUGAAAAAAAUGAAACUAAAAUGGUGAAAUCCGUUAGCUUUGACGGUGAUCCAGAGUCUGAAGUUCUCGAUAAUAAAUACUCAAAACAAAGAGCAAAAAUUCAAGUCAAACGUCGCCCAUCUUCUCGAAGGGCUCGAUUAGAAGCAGUUAGGAAAUCACGUAUAGACCUUGCGUCAGAUUCAACAGAUAAUUCUAGUUCUCUCGAUGAACCUCCAUAUAAAGAAAUAGGAAAUAGGGAAAGUCUUGUAGACAACGUUGAUUCAACUUAUACACUAUUUAAAUCUACAAGUAGUGACACAUUAACGAUAAAUAAUACAAUAACAGUAGAUAUCACCAAUCCAACAAAUACUUCUUCUUUGCCGGAAAAGUCCCAUACUGCCACUGAUAUUUUAAUUGAUACUAAUAAUUCACAAGCCGAUGUUAAAUCAAAAGUAGUUUAUAUUUUAAAUGACGAAGACAUAUUUAAUGAUAAAAAUCCAAGAACAGGAGAAAAUAUUGAAAGUUAUAAGGCACACGACACCAUGAAUGUUCUAGAUAUCGUGGAUGAUGAUGAUGAAUUUUUAUUUAAAUCUCCUAAUAUAUCCACUUUAGGUAAAUCUUAUGAAAAUACAGCCACAUCUAGCUCAAAUUAUAAGCAAGCGGAUCCCAAAACUUCUGUUUUAGUAGAAAGUGAUAAUAAACAUAGUGGAAUUGCAAAGGAAAAAUUGUCUAAGACUAAGAAGUCAAUUUUCGACGAUCUAAGUGAUGAUGAAAAUGAAUUAUUUCGUAGUAAAAUUCCUACAGUACAAAAAAGCAAUACAUUUGAUUCUGAUAGCGAGGGUGAAUCAUUAUUCGUUAAGAGUAAAAUAAAUAGCAAAUCAAACAAUGAAGUUAAGAGAGAAACAAUGAGAGGAUCUUUAUUUGGCGAUGAGAGUGAUGACGACAGUGAUUUGUUCGGAGUGAAAGUCGGAAAAACAUCAGGGAAUGUAAGACAAAAUGCACCACCAAAACCAAAAGAAGUGCAACCUAAGACAUCAGAGCCAGUUUUUGAAGACCCUUUAUCUAUGUUUGGUGAUGACAGCUGAAAUCCGUAUGCAACUAGAGAUUAUACAAACAAAUAUUUAUUAAGUUAAUAGAGAUUAUUGGUAAUUAUCUUUAUUUAAUA